UGCUAUUGUUGUUUCAAAGGAUGGCCAAGUACAAGUGGUGGGAGCUCGCUGCCGUCAUGGCGGUUGUUGCUGUGGGAGCUGGCGCAUAUAUUAUUGUCAAGGCCACCUCUCGACGACGACCAGCCAACGUGCCCAACGCCCCUGUGCCUGGAGGAGAGCCUGCUGCUGGCCGAGCCACCAACGCACGACCUGCUAGUGCCGCUGCCAGCCCGUCCCGCCCAAGGAUGACUUGUGCUGCACUGAAUGUCGUGCUUCGUCGAGAUGCAACCACUGGAAAACUAACAGUCAUGGCUGAGAGUCUGGCACACGUGUUGAGCAUGUCGUCGCACUUUACGAUCGUGCUGAUCCAGCAGUGUGCGUCCGACGCCGAUGAGGAUUCCGCUCGCCAAGCACUCGAGGAGGCUGGAGCUUUCCAGAACGGACUUCUUCGCAACAAUCUCUUGUUUUGUGACACACCCGAAGGUCUUAUGCACAUGGCACGGCAUCUGGAGCCCGCACUGCAUGUUGACACCGAUGCCGAAGUGGUCAAGACGCUUGCCCCUCAUGUUCAGAACGUUGUGUUGGUGGCCGAGGCCCGGCCUUCGAACGCCUUGCCACCCACUGUGUUUGUCGUUCGCAAUGUUCGUGAAGUUCAUGUGUGAUGGAUGAUUAAACGAAAUGGUUCCCCCUGAAAAUGCUUUUGUGCUGUUGUUAGUGCAUGUUAACAUCCAACAACGAGUAUUUGUCUAAAAGCUAUCUGCAAA